GCCGAAAAAUUAAAGGAGGCCGAAAAAUUGAAGAAAGCCGAAGAAUUGAAGGAAGCCGAAAAAUUGAAGGAGGCUGAAGAAUCGAUGGAAGUAAAAUUGUUGAAGGAGACCGCAUAUGAAUCGAAGGAACAUUGUUUGCAGAAGAAGGAGCAAACUCCAAGCAAGGAACCGAUGGAAUCUAUGAAGAAGACGGCGGAGAAAGUAACGGAAGCGCAUGAGAUGAAAACCUCUACUUCCAACAAAUCUGAAAGCUCUGAAGAUGAAAUGAUUAAAGAGGUGACGACUCAACUCACCGAUUUGCCAUAUCCUGAUACUGAGAAACUAUACAAGACUACAUCCGACAAGUCCACCUCUAUUAAACUUGAUGCUCCUGAAGCACCAAAAAUUCCAGAGAAAUGCCAAAUCUCCACCUCCGAUAAAUCUAAAGAUGAUAAAGAUACGCCAGAACAUCGGGAAGGGAAUAUCUGCCUAAGACUUCCUAAUACUCAAACCGAGGAGCGUGAAAGUCCAAAAUGCCGAACGUUCAGAUAUUUUAGCGCUCAAAUGGCCAACUCUUCUGACUCUGAUGACGAUUUAAUGCGGGAUAACCCUUUGAAAAUGCUUGACAGUUCUUCUGAGGAAACGGAUUCAUCUGACGAGGGCAAAGCAGAUGAGGGCAAAGCAGAUAAGGGCAAAGCAGAUGAGGGCAAAGCAGAUGAGGACAAAGUAGACGGCGUGGACAAAGUAGACGGCGUGGACAAAAUAGACGGCGUGGACAUAGUAAAAGUGGGACAUAGAACGUAUCAGCUGGACGAAGCAUGUAGAAAAGCCAUUCGAGAAAGGAUUAAAGAAAAAUCGUGGCCGCCCAUAUCAGCGCCGGAUUUCAAGAAACGUCCUUUGGUCCUGGCAACGUAUCAUAUGAUGCCCUCACUGCCGAUGGAGCUUUUCGAGGUGUUUGGAGAAAUGAUCGAAGCUGUCACGGGUAGGCCGGUUGUCUUAAUGUACGAGAACAGAGUAAACCGGCCCAUCAUCGGGGACAUUGACAUACUUAUCACGCCAGCGAACCAAACCUGGCAGGACGGCGUGCUCUUUCCCUUAAGCUUCGUUUUCGAUCAUCCUCUUAAUAAGGACAAGUCGGCCAGCGUGUACGCCGAUAUGAUCAUCACAAAGGAAUUGAUGGAUACGCAGAAAAUUCAAACUAUCAUGGAUUUGCGAGGACGUAGGUGUGCCAUUCCGGAUAGACGAAGCGAACACACCGCCGCCGGAUUGCUUUUUAAAGAUUUGCACCAGAAAGGCGAAAACAUGUUAUUCUUUGGCAAUUUAUUCGAUGCUACCUCGCAGUUGGAUGUAUUGGAAAUGAUCUUGAACAAUCGGGCGGAAGUAGGAAUUGUAGAAUCACCGGUGAUUACAAGCCGAAAGGACAGCAUAUUCAAUGUGAAUUCUCUUCAUAUCCUCGACUCUUUGGGACCUUUGCCGCCCUACCGCAUCAUGGUCAAAAAAUCGCUAGCGGACACACUGAACAAACCACUUAUAACCUAUCUGAUGAACGUAAAUAAGUACGAUGAAAUGCUGCUUAGAGUGUUACCCUAUGGUGUCAUUGGUUUUGCCAAGAACUCGGAGAAUAACUACGCUCUGAAGAACAAGUUCAUACCCACUAAUAUGCCUUACUACUAAAAAUUUUUUACGCUUUUUUUAAUCUACUUCUUUUAUCAUUUUAUACAUAUAU